AUGUCUUCUGAAGAAGGGAAGCUCUUGGUGGGAGGGCUCAACUUCAAUACUGAUGAGCAGGCGCUGGAAGAUCAGUUCAGCAGCUUUGGGCCUAUUUCUGAGGUGGUUUUUGUCAAGGGCCGGGAGACUCAGCGGUCCCGGGGUUUUGGCUACAUCACUUUCACCAACCCAGAACAUGCCUCAGAUGCCAUGAAAGCCAUGAAAAGAGAGUCCCUGGAUGGUCGGCAGAUCCAUGAGGACCAUGCAGGCAAGUCUGCCCGGGGCACCAGAGGGGGUGCCUUUGGGGCCCAUGGGCGUGGUCACAGCUACUCUAGAGGUGGUGGGGACCAGGGCUAUGGGAGUGGCCGGUAUGACAGUCGACCUGGAGGAUAUGGAUAUGGAUAUGGACGGUCCUGAGACUACAGUGGCAGCGGG